GAACGCUCUUGCACGAAGAUUACUACUUUUGUUUAUAAAAAAUCGGUAUCCAACCAAACACCUAACUAAUUUGCCACACCAAUUCUAUCGUCCGAACCCAUUAUAGAACAAAGCUCUACAUAAAUUUUUCUAAUACACAAGUUAACACCAUAUCAUUUAAACUUAGAGAUUUUCCUCUCACACCCCUUGAGUCUCGCACGCGCCUCCUGACCUUCUAAUCUUACUCCAUUACAACAUUACAUAAGGCACCUAGUCGGCUAGUCAUAAAGCCAAACCAAACCUCACGAUGAGGCAUAAACAAUGAUAUACAAACAUCCUAUAACACGAUGUGCAUCUACUUUAAGCACUCAUCAUCACCAUAGAUCACAAACCUCACAUCUCAACCGUUGGAUGAAAACAACCGGCCCCCACCAAAGAAAUCUUCAUUGACUAAUCAUAACAUCACUCUUCACACUUCAUAGCAGCCACAGUGACGUUAAUCACACUGCACACAAAUCAAACAAAAACCAGAAAAACAAACUCUCACGCAUUUGAUUCAAGUUAAGUUAGUUAGUGGAAUAACACUCCGCGACGUCGUUUUGUUGUUGCUCUACUUCCACUUCAAUCUCUCUGUUACGACGUCGUUUUCCUACCUAACUCCGACGCCACCGACACUCUUUCCUUCCAUUUCUCGCUUCUCCGGUGGAAAAUACACAGUGACAUUAACCCGGCGGAAAUUUUUUGGAAGAUAAAAAGGCAUUUUCAAAGCUGGUGCUUGGAAUGUUUUAGAAGUGAAGCCUGAAAGCUAUCCAUAUCAGAAUGAGUAGAAAAGUUGUUGAUGGGAUCAAACCAGAGAAGCCUCCUCUGUCUUAUGCCAAUCUUCAUAACGAGAUUACAAAAAAUGAGGCGGAUAAAUCUUUAAAAGGUUUUUCGAAUCAACAAAAGCAAGCAAAUUGUAGAAGGGAAAAUGAGGAAGAUGAGCUUGUUAUGCACAUGUCAAGUUUACCAGGUUAUUUGGAGAAGGGAGAAAAAAUCCCUGAGAAGGCUUUGAAUGUUGGGGUUCUUGAUUGGACCAGUCUAGAACGUUGGCAGUACAGCAAUAAACUUGCACCACACAGAAGUAGCCAGAGCUCGACAUCUUGUAGUAAUACUUCGUCUUCUAUUGGUACUGACGAGUUAUCUGGUAAUUCUAGAAGGAGUCUAAAUUGGUCUCCUUUGCGUCAAAGGAAAAUCCCUCCAUCAGUGCAAUCUCACUCUAUGGCCUCUACAAAGCAAGACCAUUCUAUAGCAGUCAAAUCCUCGGGAGAAAAUGUUGGAAAUCGUUUGAAUCUUGGAGGUAGCAACAGUCAUAUUGACUUACAAAGAAAAUAUGUUCGGACUGUUGAUCAUCUUUCCCGAAACCAUCCUACUAGUAUACUGAAAGGAUGUGACAGGAAAUAUCUACGUCCACAUAUUAUUAAGGAAAGUGGCAUCUUGCCAAAUGACCGAAUUUGCGAGGCAACCUCAUCUGCCAAGUUGGAAAUGGGCACUCAAGAUGAUCAAAUGGGAAAAAAAGUGGAGAAUUUAAGAGAACAAAAUAUUGAUGCGCAUGAUAUGCUUGGAAAAAGCAAACCAAUUGUUCUUAUUUUACCUAGAGACGUCCCUCAUAAAAACAAUCAUUGUGGAGCUCCUGAUAUGCGAACAACCUUGGAUCAGAAGUUAGGAAGCCAUAGUCAAACAAGAAUUUCAGUAAAUCCCAAGGAACCUUCCUGCACAUAUCUGAAUUGCAAUAUUGCACACUCCCAUUCUCUGCCAGAUGAACAUAGAGAAAACCAUUCCCAACCUAAAGAGUCACGUUCCAGUUCCAUAGAUUCAGAUAGUUUCAAAAUUCCUGUUUCUACUUCAGAAUCUGUACCGAUCCGAAUGAGAAUGAGUCCAUGCAGAUCUAGAAAGGCCGAGGAAAGGAAACACAGCAUUGCUGUAUCUUCAUCUGCAAAUGGGCCUCCCACGGAAGUAGACCAGAAAAUAACUACUGAGAAACCAAGAAGCUCUUCACCUUUCCGUCGAUUUAGCUUCAGCAUGGGAUUCACAAAUAAAGUUUCUGGUUGUAAAGAGGUUGCACAUGUGCCACACCAGAGCUCCAUGGCUACACUUAAACCUAGUUCAGAAAAUGAGAGAGGUUAUUCUAGCUCAAACAUUCCUGGCAGUGAUAAACCUGGAAAUGAUGACAAACGUAGGUCUAGUCCUUUGAGGAGAUUCCUUGUUCCACUGGUGAAACCAAAGGCUGCAAACUGCCAUCACUCUGCGGAGUUAUCUCAAAAAGAUUCAGAAAAUGUGAGAGGUUAUGUUGGCUCGAACAUUCCAGGCAACAAAUCCGGUGUUGCUGGGAAAAGCAGGUCCAGCCCUUUAAGGAGAUUACUUGAUCCACUGCUGAAACCAAAGGCAGCAAACUGCCAUCACUCCAUAAAUUUAUUUCAAAAAGAGUCAGUGUCAACAAAUAAGAAUUGUAGGUCAGGUAAUGGGAAAUGUUCCACUAUACCGCCAGAGAAAGAAUUGGAGAAGGACCAGAGAUUUGGUUGCUCCACAGUUAACACUGCAGAAUCUUCAAGUGAAGAGAAGAAUAUGCCAUCAACGUCUCAAGCUCUACUGAGGAUUUCCAUGAAGAAUGGUCAGCCCCUUUUUACUUUUGCUGUUGGCAACAAUAGCAACAUUCUUGCUGCCACGGUGAAGAACUUAACUGUCUCAAGACAAGAGGAAUGCAAAUGUAUCUAUACUUUUUUCACCUUUAAAGAGGUUAAAAAGAAGAAUGGAAGUCGGACGAAUCACUCAAGCAAAAGCAAAGGUCCUGAUUACGUUCACCACGUCAUUGCCCAACUGAAGCUUUCUGAUUUGCACUAUGAUUAUUCAAAUGGUCAGAACCGUGUGGAUUCUAUCACAAAAGAGUUUGUUUUGUUUUCUGUAAAGCUCAAGCAAGGAGAUGCUCAGGUGACUGACUAUCAGCCAAAUGACGAGCUUGCUGCUAUAGUUGUCAAAUCACCUAAAGCCGUCAAUUAUGAGCAUCAGAGCAGUUGGCAGAAUGAACAUCAAGAGGUAACAGCGGUGCUUCCAAGUGGGGUUCAUAGUCUUCCAAGUGAUGGUGGACCUUCGUCGUUGAUUGAGCGCUGGAAAACUGGCGGAUCCUGUGAUUGUGGAGGUUGGGAUUUGGCUUGUAAACUAAAAAUUCUUGCAAACAAGAAUCAAACGUGCAGAACAUCAAGAACAUCAGAAGCUUAUUUUGCAGAUCAACAUGAGCUUUUCUUCCAGGGGAAUGACCAAUGUCAAGAUAACCGUCCUGUUUUAAAUUUUUCCCAUUUUGAACCUGGAGUAUAUUCAGUAGCUUUUGGUUCAUCGCUUUCACCCUUGCAAGCGUUCUCCAUCUGCAUAGCAAUGGUGGAUGGUAAGCUCCCUCAUGAACUUUCUGGAUCAAGAAACUUCAUUGAGGGAAAAGAUCGGAGAGAAUCGGCGGACAUUCCUGCAAGUUACGUUGCUUAUCCUCCAGUCUCUCCAGUUGGAAGGGCCUAAAAUUUAUGGAGUAAAGCCAUUUCUUAUGCCUCCUUGCCAUUAAGUGCAGAACAUGGGUAACCAGCAAAUAAACGUUUUUUUACUAGAGUAGUAUGUUAUUGAUAACUGAUGCAUAGGUGAGAAAGCCUUGCAAGUUCGUAACUCCAUUGUUAGCUAACAACCAGUUAAAGUGUGAAUAUCAUGAAUAAAUUGUAUUUUUUU